AGCGUGCAUCUAGUCUGACUUGUUGCAACAUCAUAUCGCGCAUUGGGAAACAUGUACGACAUAUUACAUUGGCUCGAUUGUGGCUAGGAUGCCUGUUGGGCAUCUUAAUACCAUCUGUGGUCUUUUAUUUAUACCUAUUGUUAAAUGUCCCGUCCGCGGAAAUAGGCAAAUCAAACAUCGGAGGGAAAUGGCGAUCGUUAUCAAUAGGGACAGAGAGGCCGAGUUUACGGACGGAAGAUCGCUCUUUCGAACGGUCGCAAUUAAGAAACAAUUUCGAGGUGAAAUGCGACACGAUACAUGUAGCGAUGGUGUGCGCGGAGUACAAUUCAACCUUUGCUCUCGUAACUGUAGUGAAGUCCAUUCUGUUUUAUCGCACGAAUCCGUUGCAUUUUCAUUUGCUCGUCGACGAAAUUGCGAGGAGAACGCUUUCGACUCUGUUCCGAACGUGGGAUUUGCCGCAUGUGAUCGUAACAUUUUACGCGGCCGAGGAAUGGGUGCCGAAGGUCUCGUGGAUACCGAACAAGCAUUAUUCGGGGGUGUACGGUCUCUUGAAAUUGAUACUGCCGGACGCAAUGCGCGAGGACAAGGUGCUCGUGUUGGACACCGACGUAACCGUGCUGAACGACGUCUACCCGUUGUGGAAAAUGUUCCAAGACUUUUCGGCCGGCCAGACUCUGGGCUUGAUCGAUAAUCAGAGCAAUUGGUAUACAAGAACGCUGUCGUACGGACAGCGGCCGUGGCCGGCCUUGGGACGGGGAUUCAAUACCGGCGUCAUGCUGAUGCAUCUGCGACGGCUGCGCGAUGGCAAAUUCGUAAACUCGUGGGAAAGCGUGACCAGGCGCGUGCUGGGACACAUACCGGAGACCAGUUUGGCCGAUCAAGACGUGAUAAAUGCAGUGAUCAACGAGCAGCCGAGUAUUGUAUACAGGAUAGAGUGCACGUGGAAUAUACAGCUGAGCGAUCACACGAUAAGCGACACGUGUUAUCGCGACACCAAUCGUAUAAACAUUCUCCAUUGGAACUCCCCGCGCAAGCAAGACGUUCACAAUAAGCACGUUAACGAGUUUCGAAAACUCCACCGCGUCUUCCUCGAGAUGGACGGCAAUUUGUUACGAAAGCGCUUAUUCGGCUGUGACAAGCACGAGAGUGUGCUUCCAUACAACGAAUCGAGUCCGUGUCGAGAAUUCGAGAAAGGCGCUACGAUUUUGUACCGCACGCAUCCCUUCCUUUUGGAAUACGAAUACAAUGUAUAUUCGCCGACGGACGUUGCUCUGGUCACUCAGUGCAGCAUCGAGAGGAUACCGCUGUUGGAGGCAUUAUCUAAACACUGGCCGGGGACUAUAAGCGUUGCGCUUUACCUGACCGAUGCAGAGGUCCAAAACUUUCUGGACUUUGUGCGAGGCUCUGCGGAUUUGCGGGCGAGAAGGAACAUCGCUUAUCACGUUGUGUACAAAGACGGGGAUCUUUACCCUAUCAAUUACUUAAGAAACACUGCAAUAUCGUACGUAUCAACUCCGUUUGUUUUUCAACUCGACGUCGAUUUUUUGCCGCAAUUAGGACUGUACGAAACUCUCAUGAAUCAUAUCAAUCGAUUAAACAUCAACGAGUCGGACAAAAUAGCUCUAAUCGUGCCGGCAUUCGAAACGGAACGCUAUAGGUUUACAUUCCCCGCAAAUAAAGAAGAACUGUUGAAGUUUCUCAAACGCGGUAUUCUGUACACGUUUCGCUAUCAUGUCUGGACGCAGGGACACGCCGCUACAAACUACAGCUUAUGGCGAAACAGUACGGAGCCUUACGAAGUUUCAUGGGAGCCGGACUUCGAACCCUACAUAGUAGUUUCGAAAUUCGCCCCGCGAUACGACACAAGAUUUGUCGGAUUCGGUUGGAAUAAAGUUUCCUACGUGACCCAUUUAACGGCGCUAGAUUACAAGUACAUCGUUUUACCAGACACCUUUAUUAUUCAUCGACCUCACGCCCCUAGUCUAGAUAUCGGCAAAUUUAGGACAGAUCCUAUUUAUAGAAGAUGUCUUAAAAAAUUGAAGGAUGAAUUUGUCGAUGAGUUGGUGAUGAAAUACGGCGAGAUCGCACUGUCAAAACUAAAGAAAGAGACCAAAGAAGAGAAAUCCUAAGAGAUCCAUAAAAAUUGUAAUAUUUUAAAAUAUAACUAAAUAUGUAAGAAU